CAUCCCUCGUCAGUUGCAAGUCAGGAACUAUCGCGGCCGCGUGGCGCCGCGUUCGUGUCGUACGGUCCGCCAGUCUUGCCGAUUUUAAGCGCGACGAUCGGCCGAUCGACGCGGAAAGCGCACAGAUCGGACGGAAACGUGGUGGUGAUCGGUGCCCGAGGCUUUGUGACAGGAUUUCGCGCGAGUUUCUCACGAGAGUUUCUUCACCGAUUGUGUGAUUUCACAGCCGAUGUCAAUCCGCGGUGCGGCGCGCGUUUCGUCUCGCGCUAGUAGCCGGAGUUUGGAUGAGUAGCCGCGGAAACGGAAGCGCCGCGGUACCGGUAACCCGACGACGCGGGAUUCAUGUAGGGGAAGAAACGUGACUACUAUCGCGCGCGCGGUAUACACGCAGUGAGAUCUCCCGCGACGAAAAAUGGAUAAAGACUUCCGCCGGGAGUACGAGAAAAUGCGAUGUGCUCUGCUUCACCUGCUGCUCAUAGUGGGGGGUGCAACAGGUUUGAAAGAUCUGACGAUAAACGUGCCGAACGUGGUGAGAUCGGGCGAUACCGUGACGCUGUCGUGCCACUACGACCUGGAGGGCUCAUCACUGUACACGAUACAAUGGUUUCUCGAUAAUAAUGAAUUUUAUCGCUACGUGUUCGAUCGCGUGCCACCCGCCAGCACGUUCAACGUCUCCGGCAUACAAGUCAACAUCUCCAAAUCGAACACACACGACGUGACACUGGUAGACGUGUCCAGGAAGCUGACCGGAUGGUACAAGUGCGAAGUAUCCGCCAGCAGCCCUUCCUACCACACUAUGAUCAAAAAGGCCAAGAUGGAAGUGGUCGACGCCCCAAAAACGGAUCCUACGAUUCGUACGGAGAAGGAGCGCAUAGUGGUGGACGAGACGCUGCGAGUCAACUGCACCACGGGCAACUCCCGACCCGCCUCCACCGUUACGUGGAAGCUCAACGGGGAUUUCGUCGCAAACAAUUCGCAGUUCACCGUGUGGCAUCACAAGACUUCUCACCCGGACGAGUCCAAGGCCACAAAGUCGCAGAUAGAAUUUAAAGUGACGAAGGAUAUGUUCCACGGCGGACACUUACACCUACGCUGCACGGCGGCCAUCGCAGACGUUUAUAGGAAAUCGGCGGACAUCGAUAUCACCGAGGACGUGCGGCGUAUCGCGUCGAUGACCUCGCCGUUCGAGUCGCCGUACGAUCACCGAGCGAACGGAUGCGCCGGACAGAAUUGGCCCUGGAAUGGUAAUCGCGGCGCGGCGAUAAUAAUGGCUACCCUGGCGGCCACCCUGUUCCUGAUGAUGACAUCGCUGACGAUGACGGUACCCCCGAUAACGAAUGUACUGGCGAGGAGUGAACCGGCGGUUAGCAGGUAGCUCGCGAGCAUCCUCCAUGAAGAUAUCGCUGCCACUGUCUGAUCCGAUUACAUCGUCCAUGUAAAACCUAGUAGUCUAGGGCUUCCAGUUAUGUAUGUUACUAUGUAUAGAAUAGAUAGUCGAAUGACGAAUGAUUUUUAUUCGAGGAGCCUACGAGAAAAGAUCGGCGGGACACUAGCGGAUCGACGCGGAGAUUACGCGCGACUACUCGCGCCCUUUUACAAACGUUACUUUACAAACACAUGUUGUCUUUUCAUGUAAAUUGUUGAUCGAGAUUAAACGGCAGAAGGAAACGGAGGGAGGGAGAGAGAGAGAGAGAGAGAGAGAGAGAGAAAGGGAAGGCGAGGAGGAAAACAGAGACAAAACAAAGAGCGAUCGCCUCGCCCGCGUUUCGAGAAGAUAAGAUGGGAAUGAUGGAUGCUUAACCCCGAAAAGCGAGCGCGUGGGCGACACGCGUGGGUGACAUACGUCAACCUCUGCCUGUCCACCUGUCUUCUUCUUCUUCUUCUUCUUCUUCUUCUUCUUCUUCUUCUUCUUCUUCUUCUUCUUCUUCCUCUUCAUCUUCGGCAUCUCGCUGUGACGGUGAAAUUCGUGAUUUCGAAACGAUCCUCUGCGAAGUAACGCCGCGAACUGUCACGCCAUCGGCGGUGAACGCGACGCGAGAAUAGAGCGCGCGCGCACGCGUGGAAUUCCCGAUGAGAAAAGGGAAGAAAAAAGUUUCGCCUCGACUACGAGACGGCGCACGCGGUACGCCCACGCGCUCGCUCGCGUUUUUUCUCGAGACCCGACGCGACGCGGGGAGAAGUUCGAGGCCCGAAGCGAGGAGGUGAGCGCGAAAUUGUUACGAGCCGAGGGGUCAGCUUCGCAAACGACCGGGGGGUCGGAGGCUGGCAGAUGUUUCGACAGCGAAGGAUCGGAGAGGAAACGAUCAUGGGAGUCCGACGUUCCGUUACCACUUUCAUUUGAAUCCGCCGACGGCGCGGCACGCGUCGGAGAUGCUAUAAACGCGAUACUUACUAGUGAUCGGAGUGUUCAUCGAGUGUCAAAUAUAGAUUAUACAGGGGUAAUUAUGAUAACUGAUAUAAUAACGUUAGCGCAGUGACGAGCGACGUUCUGCUCAAUAUUCGCUCCUUUUAUGAUGUCUAACAGAGAAACGCAUCAAGAUAGGUACCGAAUUUGUAAUCUGUACAAAUUAUAAUAAACUAUGAUAUACGGACUGUAUAAACGCGGCUGCGUCUCUUUUCUUGUUUUCGCCUCGCUCAUUUCCACCCCACCGCGCGUAUGAAAAGCCUCCGAUGA